AUGGGAACUAUCUCAUUCAACUGCUGGGAGUUCAACCCAACCCCAUUGCUAGGCAGCCGUUUUUGGCAUCCCAUAAUGUGGCACGAUCCACCCGAGCCACCAAAACCGAAGAAAAAGAAAACCAAAACCGAAAUCGAUGAAGAGGGCAAUGAAGUUAUCAUUGAAUUGAGUGAAGACGAGUCCUCUGAGGAAGAAGAGGAAAAGGAAUUGCCACACCAUCGUAUCAUACGUAAUAUACGCCGCUUCUUCGCCGAGGUGGGCGACAAUCACGAGUUGAAGGAACGCACCAUUGAGGAUAUGCUGCUGGCGCUGCCCACAGCUUCGCGUUCCACAAAGCCAGCAACGCAACCGAGAGAGGAGCCUAGAGGUCGGCGUAACGCAGCAAAUGCCAAGCGAAGAGGAAGAACAGGAGGCCGUGGUCGCAAAUUGGCAAAGGAUUCCGAUGACGAAGAUGAGGAUGAAGACGAAAAUAAAUAUGAUGAUAGUGAUGAGGAUUAGUGCGGCGAAGGGUGAUUAGUCUGUCAAGAAAAUGAUAGCGUUUUAAAAUUUCAUUCGCUUUGUAUACCAUAAAAAGAAUAAUGAUAAU